UGGAAAAAUGGACAGUCCGUCGGUGAUUGUAACUACGUACACUUUAUAUGUCCGAUGACGUGUAUAGUUAACUAAAUCGAUCAUCGCAUUAUUUAAUAACAAUAUAAUCAAGGUCAAUUCUUAAAUACACAUUUAUAACGUUUUCCAAAAAAAGAAUAAAUUAAUCCCAAGGCUCUUCGAAUGCGCAAGUCUGCAGCAGGAAGUUGUUCGCUGUCUAAAUAAAAAGGUAUUGAAAUGACAUUGGUAACUUGGUGCUUUUUAUUAUUAUAAUAACAAACACAGUAUAGGAUGCUACAGAAAACUGGAUAAUGCAUUCACGCGCAGAACCAAGUGUUUAAUAUUUGAAGCAUGGAUACAUGUCAUCCACUUGCACUACAUAUCUAGAUACAUGCUUACAAUAAUAACAACCCAACAGGUGAGGCAUUUUUCUAUUUACAAUGCUUGAUCAUAUAUUUUCGGCAUGGAUUUGGUUUGGUUCCAACCGUCCAGGAUUUUGUUGUGGUACAUUUUUAAUAUCCAUGUUAAUUUUGUCGACUUGGCUCUCUGGAAUCCACGCCAACCUGAAUUUAGGACCAGGUGGUGAUUUUCCUGGAUUUUAUGAUUUCAUCUUCUACUCCUUAAGUCACGAGGAGUUAACCUCCUUUCUCUACAACAUCAUUCUGCUGCUGUGGCUCGGACCCUGUCAGGAGAGGAGAUGGGGCACCUUCGUCUUCCUCGCCCUCUCCUUCCUCUCCACUGUGCUUCUUCCUCCCAUUUAUGCCCUCUUUCUCUUUGUCACCGGUGAUGAAGCCAGCAGGGUCAGUGGAUACGCAGCCACUCACCUGGCCCUGUUCACAGCUCAGUGUGGACAGGUGAAGCAGAGGAGAGUCCUGAAUCAUGUUCCUGUCUGGUUCUUGCCUUGGUUUUUCUUGCUGCUCAACCUUUUUCUGCUUCCCAGUGCUCCAGGCCUGCUGCACUUUUAUGCCAUUUGCCUGGGACUCAACUACAAUAAAGAGUUUAUUGAUAUAUUGCAGCAGUCAGAGAGAAUCUGUGUCUGCUUGCCAAAAUGGGCCUACAUUCCUGUAAUUUCACAUUCACACCUGCCAACUUACAUCAGCCCCUCCGAAAGACCCGAGCCUGAGCCAUCUCAGAUGGGACACAUGCCAUCAGUCAGCAGAUCCCAGUUGGAAGAUCAUUCACAUGUGCUGCCAUGGCAACAUUCUGUAUCUGAGUGGCAUAAUGAGUCUUUGUUGGAUGCGCAGUUGUUAGAGGAGCAGAUGCUAAGAGCUGGGAUAUUAGCAUCACUACAGGAUGCACCUGAGGGUGCGGAUAAAGUGGAAGUACCCAAGUCCUCUGUAUCAUCAUUACGGUUGCAACAGCUGGAGAAGAUGGGCUUCCCUACAGAGAAAGCUGUUGUGGCUCUUGCUGCUACAGGACAGCUGGAUGGAGCUAUUUCUUUACUUAUUGAUGAUCAGAUUGGGGAGGAGGCUGUGGUCAUCUCUAAAGGCAAGAAGUCACCGUCAUCAUAGCUCAGGGAUACUCA